UUUAUACACGUGUGUAGAGUGUGUGUGAGAAAUGUCUGAGCUCCUGUUUACUCCACAGCUGCUGUUUGGUCUUAUCAGUCUGAGUCUCCUUCAGAUCAUUUCAGCUGAUCUCAUAUCUGUUGAUCCUGGAGAGAACAUCACUCUGCUCUGUAACAUCACUCAGUAUUCAGAGAUCUCGUGGUAUCAGUUGAACUCAGCAAGCGUGAGGCAGAUUAUAUCAGCCAGACAAAGGGGUCUGUAUAAAGACUUUUAUGUAGAUUAUAAUGUAGACGAGAGUCACUUUGAUGUAACAGAAAGCAGCAGUUCAGUCAGUUUAGUGAUUAUUGGAGUUAGAGAGACAGAUCUGGGGUUUUAUUACUGUGGAGGUCGAAAUGACACGACACACACUCAGUUUGGGAAAAACAUCAAACUCAACUUUACUACAGGCUCUCAGAAUCAAAAGGCUGAUGGUUCAGACACACUGCAGUCUGACCCCCACACAUAUUGUCUCAUCAGUCUGAGUCUCCUUCAGAUCAUUUCAGCUGAUCUCACAUCUGUUGAUCCUGAAGAGAACAUCACUCUGCUCUGUAACAUCACUCAGGUUUCAGAGAUAUCGUGGUAUCAGAUGAACUCAGCAGGCGUGAGGCAGAUUAUAUCGGCCAGACAAAGGGGUCUGUAUAAAGACUUUUAUGUAGAUUAUAAUGUAGAUGAGAGUCACUUUGAUGUGACAGAAAGCAGCAGUUCAGUCAGUUUAGUGAUUAUUGGAGUUAGAGAGACAGAUCUGGGGUUUUAUUUUUGUGGAGGUCGAAAUGACACGACACACACUCAGUUUGGGAAACACAUCAGACUCGACUUUACUACAGAUGCUCUGAAUCAUAAGGAUUCUGACGCUCAUACACAAAGUGGAGUUAUUACAAUUAUUGUAAUCCUAUUGUGUGUGUGCAUGCUCUUUAUUUCCAUUAGCAUCGUCUGCCCUACAAAGGAUAAGGAAGCUGAUAUACAACCAUCUGAUGUGACCUGUGUGAUCUACACACGUGUCUCCAGACAGCACAGAAAAAAAAUCUCAGCACAAGGACCACAAUGGGUCAAACAGAUCUGAACUUCACUGUGCCACUGCACAACUGACUGGCGUGCUUUAACCAAACCCUAAGAGAAUGUUAUGGUGGGGAGUGGACAACAGAUACUGAAUCUGGGACCAAUUAUCCCAUAAGCAUUCACUGCUUUCAUUCCUUUUGAGCUGCUGUUUGGAGUCUGCACACACUGCUCAAUGUCGCAAAGGAAGCCGGGGAGAACCAGCCAUCUCCUUUCCGAUCUGUGGAAGAGUAUGUCCAAAACGUACAAUCUAAAGUCAGCAAGCAAGCUCAGCCCCUCGGGUUCCAGCCUGGUAACCGAGUGCUUCUCCUCAUCCCCAGUGAUAACUGCAAGUUCCUGGCCAGGUUGCAGGGCCCAUUUAUAGUCAUGGAAUAAGUGAAACCUACAAGCUACAAGCUGGUGUAGUGGGGGAGAAGAUCUGCUACCAUCACAGAAUCAAAAGCUGAGCGAGCUACACUUUCAUAAUGUGUUCUCAGCACCUCUUACACCUCAGUAUACAAACUCCCUACU